GUCGCCAAAUGGGCUUGUGUACAUUACUGUCGCGUACGGGACAAUGGUAAACCAAAGCAACAGCUGCGUGACCACAGGCCUUCCGAGACCGGAAAUUCCAAUGGCUUGCAAAUGGGAAACAAUUACGUGACGGGAAUGACGUCAAAAGUGACACUUUUGCCUUAUAUGGGCGAAUGUCACUUUGAAGGUACUGAAGAACACCGGAGCUCCAGGUGUCAAUCAAUUAACAGAGGAGGCGUGGCAAAGGCGAGCGUCAUGUACAUUGUUGAAGAUAUCGGCGUCACAAGCUUUAACGUAUCCGUGCACCUGAUUGGUCCAAACUUUACUCAAUCUCUCCAAAGCCAGAUAUCAGAAGAUCACGUGGUUUUAGCGGCAGAUCUUGAAAAUGCGGUGAAUAGUAUGUACCUAGUGAAGCCAGGAUUCUGGGAUGUUAGCGUCUACCGAUUCAGACCUAAUGGAAGUCAAGUCCUCGCGGACAUGAUUGUUCGAAUGACUGGUAAUAACUCGGAGGAGUUGAUCGCCGUGCUGAGGGAAGCUGUCAAGUCUGGGAACAUCGGUGACAUAACUGUAGAGCCCGGAUAUUACCAUGAGAACAUCAUAGUAGCGUGCCCACCUGAUUUUAACAAAGUCUCUUGGCUUGCCAUGCCUGCAUCUACAGUCCGUUUCCAACGUUGCCCUCAAAAUGCAACAGGUAUUUCACGAAGACGAUGUGGUGCUGCUGGCAACUGGUCAAUGGCCGACUUUAACGAAUGCCUCGACCCUAGAAUUGAGGCUCUUAGAAACAAGGUGGAUCGUCUCCUGAAUUCCUCAAGCAGCUCGACAGCUGAUGUCAACGAAGUGCUAACCUCGCUCUCUUCCGUGACCACGCCCCAAAAGGGGGCUGCACCCAUGGGCCGGGAAGACAUCAGGGUCUCAGGUUUAAUCCUACAGGGCAUCGUCACAUACAUCGAGAGGCGUGACAAUGGUGCCGUGACCAACCCAGAGACAAUAAAGCAAUUUUUUCAAGCGUCGAGUAAUUUACUGAAUUACAACAACAAGAAACAGCUGAUUCAACUACAAAAGUCUAAUAGCAGCGCAACAGAAUUGGCUCUGACGAUUGAAAAGUUUGCCUCCCAAGCCGCGCAAGGCCUGGAUCCUAGUAUUCGCGUGUCAAAACAAUUCAUAACAAGCAAUUUGGCUAUCGGUGUGACUUCUGUUCCUGCCGGUUUUGACUCAAACGUGAGAUUUCCUGAUUACUCCGACCCGAUAUUCGCCUCAUCUCCCACAUGGGGGAAUUAUGGGGAGAAUUACGUCAUAAUUCCUAGCUCAGCGUUCAACCAAUCACCGAAGCAAGAAAAUGGAAGUAAGAUUGCUAGUAUUAUUUUCAAGACUCUUUCCUCUUUUCUGGAUGUCAAAAGGUAGGAUAGUCGUACGAGCA